AUGAAUGGAGCUGAACUUCCUGCACUCCUCUGCGCACUCCAAUGGAAAGAGAGAAAGAAGAGAGGAGAAGAGAGGAGAAGAGCGGAGAAGAGAGAAAGAAGAGAGGAGAAGAGAGGAGAAGAGAGGAGAAGAGAGGAGGAGAAGAGAGGAGAAGAGAGGAGAAGAGAGGAGAAGAGAGGAGAAGAGAGGAGAAGAGAGGGGAAGAGAGGAGAAGAGAGGAGAAGAGAGGAGAAGAGAGGAGAAGAGAGGAGAAGAGAGGAGAAGAGAGGAGAAGAGAGGAGAAGAGAGGAGAAGAGAGGAGAAGAGAGGAGAAGAGAGGAGAAGAGAGGAGAAGAGAGGAGAAGAGAGGAGAAGAGAGGAGAAGAGAGGAGAAGAGAGGAGAAGAGAGGAGAAGAGAGGAGAAGAGAGGAGAAGAGAGGAGAAGAGAGGAGAAGAGAGGAGAAGAGAGGAGAAGAGAGGAGAAGAGAGGAGAAGAGAGGAGAAGAGAGGAGAAGAGAGAGAGAAGAGAGGAGAGAGAGAAGAGAGGAGAAGAGAGGAGAAGAGAGGAGAAGAGAGGAGAAGAGAGGAGAAGAGAGGAGAAGAGAGGAGAAGAGAGGAGAAGAGAGGAGAAGAGAGGAGAAGAGAGGAGAAGAGAGGAGAAGAGAGGAGAAGAGAGGAGAAGAGAGGAGAAGAGAGGAGCUUUUGAGUGCAACGGCUGGCGAGAGACGAAAAGAGAAGGAUAUCGCGGUUGAUAGAGAAGGUUGGGGAAGAGGGGAGGGAACGGGAGAGGAAAGGGAGAGGGAGAGGGAAAGAGUUGACUGA